AAUUUGUCUACCCGAUCCUGAUCUCAAAACUUGAUAUCCAUUCAGACACAUCUAUCUUAUUUCUUCAUUUUACCAAACAGUAUUCAAAUUUAUUUGCACACCUCAAAAUGCCAGCAAAUUCGCUGCGCAGAUUCCCGUACAGUGUUCAAAGUGAAUCUUCCACCAUAUUUAAACAACUGUGUGGUGUGUGAGAAUUGAGAUAGAAGAAGUGUUCUGGUUUAGCUAGUAACUUCUCCUUGUAAUGAAAGUAAUAAUUAUGAAUUUUUGAAGUAAGCACAUUUUUAGUCAUACUACCCACCAUCCCUACAAAGCUUCAACCUUUUCAUCAUAAAUACUUUUCCCUUUCCUCUUUCCAUUCAAAUUCUUCCACGAAAGUAGUGCUACAUUAAUAAGUGAAAAAAAAAUCCAUUCUUGGAAGCUUUAUGUACGCGGUAAAGAUUUUCACAUUUGGAGUCCAGAAAUGAAAGUGUUUUUCAAUUUUGGAGUUCCUAGCGGCUUUGGCAACAGCCCUUUUGCUGGGCUCCUCUCUCUCUCUCCAGAUGGUAUAGCAUCUUCUUUCUCCAAAAUCUAGUCUUUUUAAUCUUCUCUCUCUAGGUCUUACACUGUUGGAAGUGAAGGCCAGUUUGAAUGACAGCAACAACUUUCUGAGUAACUGGAAAGAUAUUGAUGAAUCUCCAUGUAAUUGGACUGGUAUUGCUUGCAGCCCACAAGACCAAAGAGUGAUAUCUAUAAACCUACCACAUAUGCAGCUUGGAGGAAUUAUACCCCCUAGCAUUUGUGCACUCAACAAAUUACAAAGAUUGCGAGAGUCCCUCUUGUAAUCUUGUUGUUUUUAUUGUCAGUUUACAAGCAUAUUAGUUUAUCUAAUUUGCUUGUUUUGAAUUGUUUGAUUUAGGGCACUUCAUCAGAAUAGUCUUCAUGGUUCUAUUCCUAAUGAGAUUAGAUUGCACAGUGUUCUGAACUCAGAGCCUUGUAUCUUCGAGCUAACUAUUUUCAAGGAGGAAUACCUUCGACUAUUGGAAACGUUUCUAUGCUGACCAUAUUGGAUUUAUCGAGCAAUACACUGAAAGGUGCUAUACCGUCUUCUCUAGGUUGUUUAACGCGUCUAGCAUAUCUAAAUUUGUCAUCAAACUUCUUGUCUGGUGAAGUCCCUGAUGUUGGUGUGCUAAGCAAGUUUGGGAGCAAAUCGUUUAUUGGUGAUUUAGAUCUGUGUGGCCAACUAGUAAACAAGCCUUGCCGAACUUCACUUGGUUUUCCGGCUGUAUUUCCUCAUGCUGAAAGUGACGAAGCAACAGUAUCCAUGUUAGGCGUUGGGAUUAUUUUCCUUCUCGGUUUUCUCUGGGUUUGGCUGCUGACGAAGAAAGAGAGAGCUGCGAAAACUUACACAGAAGUGAAAAAACAAUUCCAUCAAGAAGGAAGUAUGAACAAAUGCCUCAUAACUUUCCAUGGUGACCUUUCAUACCCUUCGUGCGAGUUUGUAGAGAAAAUCGAGUCUCUUGAAGAGGAAGAUGUGGUUGGAGCUGGAGGUUUUGGAACUGUAUAUCGAAUGGUUAUGAACGACUGUGGACCUUUUGCUGUCAAGAAGAUUGAUGGGACAAGACAAGGCUCGGAUCAAGUGUUUGAGAGAGAGCUCGAGAUCUUAGGCAGUGUCAAGCAUAGAAAUCUCGUAAACCUGAGAGGUUACUGUCGUCUCCCUACAGCGAGGCUUCUUAUAUAUGACUACUUAGCCAUGGGCAGCUUGGACUAUUUCUUGCACGACAAUAUCCACGAAGAGCGUCUGCUGAACUGGAACGCUCGUAUGAAGAUAGCUAUUGGCUCUGCUGGAGGAGUGGCGUAUCUGCACCAUGACUGCUCUCCGAAGAUAGUCCAUCGUGAUAUAAAGUCGAGCAACAUCCUCCUUGAUGAAAAACUAGAGCCCCGUGUGUCAGACUUCGGCCUUGCUAAGCUGCUGGUGGACGAGGACGCUCAUGUCACGACUGUGGUUGCAGGCACAUUCGGCUACUUGGCUCCAGAGUAUUUGCAGAGUGGUAGAGCAACAGAGAAGUCGGACGUGUACAGCUUUGGCGUGCUGCUGCUGGAGCUGGUGAAGGGGAAAAGGCCAACGGAUCCGAUGUUUGUGCAAAGGGGAUUGAAUGUGGUGGGAUGGAUCAACACGCAGAAUAGAGUGGAGGACAUAGUGGACAGAAGGUGCAGGGACGCGACAAUGGAGACUGUGGAGGCGCUGGCUGAGAUAGCGGCGAGAUGCACGGAUGCAGACCCUGAGGCACGUCCGACGAUGCAGCAGGUGCUGCAGUUGUUGGAGCGGGAAGUGAUGUCGCCGUGCCUCAGUGAGUUCUAUGAGUCUCAUUCAGAUAAAUGCUGAAGUGCUAUUGAGUAAAUGCAGCAUUUUGCUGCACAACAAUCAUUGUACAUUGUUAAUGAAUGGCAUGGUUUUCUGCUACUAGUCCCUAUUAGCAGUUCCGAUUUUGAAUCGAAAACCGGCAGUUACGGUUUUGUGUCAAAACCGGCAUUUUUUGGUCGGUUUUACCUGUUUUUGGCCAGUUGUAUCAAGAUUUGAGCCAAAACUGUGGUUUUUUGCUGGUUUGGAUUGUAA